AUGAGAACGGUAUUUUUCGGCACGCCAAACUAUGCCAUUGCUUCGAUUCGCGCCCUUCUCGACGCGGAUUUCGAGGUGCCGUUGAUCUGCACGCGACCAGCGAAACGCGCCGGUCGCGGCAGAAUCGCGCACGCCCACUCCCGUCGCAAAUUCGCCGAAGAAGUCGGUAUUCCAGCAAUCACUCCGAAUCGGUUGGACGCCGCGGCAAUGGCAGCGGUCGAGUCGGCGAACGCGGAUGUUGUCGUCGUUGUAGCGUACGGACGGUUCAUCCCUUCUGAGAUUCUUUCGGCUACACAACUCGGCGCGGUCAACAUCCACCCAUCACUUUUGCCGCGGCAUCGGGGGCCGAGUCCUGUCGCCACCGCAAUCCUUGACGGAGAUACGUUCACGGGAGUUUCGCUAAUGUUGCUGGAUGAAGGGAUGGACACGGGCCCGAUCCUUUCGCAAUCUGCGCCAGUCGAGAUUACGCAGGAAACUCGUGUCGAUGGAUUGACGGAUCAUCUCUUUGAGGUCGGGGCUGGCAUGCUUCCCAAUGUGCUUGAUGAUCUGGCCUCUGGUGUUUUGUUACCUCAACCGCAGGAUGACGCGGGCGCGACAGUGACGCGGUUAAUCCGUAAGGAGGAUGGGGUCGUCGAUUGGGAUGCACCAGCGGAACGAAUUGUAAGGAUGAAUCGAGCUUUCCAUCCUUGGCCGGGGACUAGCACGGUGUGGGAUGGGGAGUUGUUGAAGCUGAUCGACGUUGAGUUUGUGAGCGGCGAGCGUAUCCCGUCGGGCUUCGAUCCGGGAGUCGUGUUCGAGCGCGACGGUCAAGGCGUUUAUGUAAGUACGGGCGAUGGUUCCGCGGUUCGUUUAGUCGAGGUGCAAGCGGCCGGGACGAGGGUUAUGUCGGCGGGUGAGUUUGUUGUCGGGCGGCCUGAUUUUAUUGGUGCUCGGCUGGGCGCGAGUAGGAUGUCGGAAAAGUAG